AUGGAGGAGACCUCCAUGGAUCGCCGGUCGGUGAGGCUUGACGUCGUCGGCGAGAAGAAAAGCUGGGAUGACCGUGGCACCACACCUUAUGUGGUCGGGAUUACUGACGGAGAAUGGGCACCGGUGGCAUCGGGGAGGCUCGAUGAGGUUGAGGUUAAUGACAGAGGAGUUUUCGAGGCUAAUUCCAGCAAUGUCAAGAAGAACAAGGUUGCUGGAACAUGGGAUUUCAAGGCUAUGAAGCAGCAUCUUGAAUCAGUUAUUAGUCGUCAAGUGGAAGCCUCUAAGCAGGACUAUUAUACUCUUUUGAAUGCUUCAAUUGAUUGUGUUCAUUUCUUGUUGCGACAAGGUCUUGCUUUCUGUGGCCAUGAUGAAUCAGAAUCCUCAAACAACAAAAGAAACUUUCUAGAACUUCUAGAAUUUCUUGCUGAACACAAUGACAAUGUGAAAGCUGUCGCCUUUGAAAAUGCUCGAGGAAAUCUACAAUUGAAAUCACAUGUUAUACAAAAAGAUAUCAUAAAUGCAGCUUCUAUUGAAACUCUUAAUACAAUCAUGUUUGACAUGGGUGAUGCACCAUUUUCUGUUCUUGUUGAUGAAGCACGAGAUCAUGCAGUAAAAGAGCAAAUGACAGUUGUUCUUCGAUAUGUAGAUAAUAAAGUUGAAGUAAUUGAAAGAUUUAGGUUGAGCAUAUCAAAUCUUCGAGGACAAGGCUAUGAUGGGGCUAGUAAUAUGCGAGGCGAGUUCAAUGGUCUUAAGGCACUUAUCUUGAAAGAAAAUAAUUGUGCAUUUUAUGUUCAUUGUUUUGCACAUCAACUUCAACUUGCUCUUGUUGCUCUAGCUAAAAACCAUGUUGCAGUUGCUUCAUUUUUUUUCUUGGUCAGUAGAGUGAUUAACCUUGUUGGAGCAUCAUGUAAACGUCGUGAUCUUCUUCGAGAGCAACAACAAAAUGAACUGAUAAAAGCUCUUCAAAAUGAUGAGCUUCAAAGUGGAAGAGGACAGAAUCAAGAAACUAAUCUUAAACGUCCGGGUGAUACACGUUGGGGGUCACAUUACGGUACAUUACUGAGCAUGAUUUCUAUGUUUUCUUCCACAGUUAAGGUGAUUCAAAUGAUUAUGGAAGAUGGGACAUUUGAUGAUCAAAGAGGGGAAUGUAAUCUGUUGCUAGCACAAUUGCAAUCAUUUGAUUUUAUAUUUUGUUUGUUUUUAAUGAGACAAGUGUUGGGUGUGACGAAUGAGUUAUCACAAGCAUUACAAAGAAAUAAUCAAGAUAUUGUUGAUGCUAUGGUUUUAGUUAAGGCAAGCAAGCAACAACUACAAACUAUGAGGGAGGAAGAAUGUGAAUGGGAUAAUUUCCUUGAUAAGGUCUAUUGUUUCUGUAACAAGUAUGGUGUCAAGAUUCCCAAUAUGGAUGAUCUUUUUGUGGCUCAAGGGAAAUCACAACGUAGGCCUGAAAAGUUGACAGUCAUUCAUCAUUAUCGAGUGGAUGUCUUUUAUUCUGUGAUCGAUAGACAACUUUCAUACUUGAAUAAUCGCUUUAAUGAGGUAAACUCUGAGCUUCUGAUUUGUGUUUCAAGUUUAAGUUUAGAUGAUUCAUUUUCUGCUUUUGACAAGCAAAAGUUAUUUCGUCUUGCUCAAUUUUAUCCAAGAGAUUUUUAUGAAAGAGAUGUGCUAUCACUUGAAGACAAGCUUCAUAUUUACAUUAAUGAUAUGCAAUCCAGAAAUGAUUUUUGUCAACUGAAAGGAAUCAGUAGUCUUGCAAAAAAAUUGGUGGAGACUAGAAAGCACAUAACACAUGCAUCAGUCUACAAGCUUCUAACUUUGGCUUUAGUUCUACCAAUUGCAACAACUUCAGUGGAAAGAGUAUUCUCAGCUAUGAACAUUGUGAAGAAUCCACUUCGUAAUAGAAUAGGAGAUCAGUGGUUGAACGAUAGUUUGCUUGUUUAUAUUGAGAAAGAUAUGUUCAAUAGCGUUAGUAAUGAUGCUAUUAUGCAGCGUUUCCAAAAUAUGAAAUCGCGCCGUGGACAAUUACCAUUCCAUCGUUGA